GCAGAGAAAUGGCAGAAGCCAGUAUUUUAUGGGCUCAGGAUCAGUUUACUUGCUCAAUCUGUCUGGAUCUACUGAAGAAUCCAGUGACCAUUCCCUGUGGACACAGUUUCUGUAUGGACUGUAUUACAGACUGCUGGGAUCAAGAUGAUCAGAAGCGAAUCUACAGCUGCCCUCAAUGCAGACAAACCUUCACACCAAGACCUGUUUUAGGUAAGAAUGUGGUGAUUGCUGAAAUGCUGGAGAAACUGAAGAAGAAAAAACUUCAAUCUGCUCCUGACUCUGCUCAUUGUUACGCUGGACCUGGAGAUGUGGAGUGUGACAUCUGUACUGAGAGAAAACUAAAAGCAGUCAAGUCCUGUCUAGUGUGUCUGAACUCUUACUGUCAAAAUCACUUCAACCAGCAUGAGAAUUUCUUUAAAGAUAAAAACCACAACGUGAUCGAUGCCACUGAACGACUACAAGAAAUGAUCUGCAAAAAACACAACAAACAACUAGAAAUCUACUGCCGUACUGACCAACAAUGCGUUUGUUAUCUGUGUACGAUGGAUGUUCACAAAAAUCACGACACUGUGACAGCUGUGGCAGAGAGGACAGAGAAACAGAUGCUUUUGGGAGAAACAAAAAGACAUUUAAAGCAGAGAAUUACGGAGAGAGAGAAGAAGCUUCAGGAGCUGAGACAGACUGUGGUCUCUUAUAAGCGCUCUGCACAGACAGCAGUGGAGGACAGUGAGAGGAUCUUUACUGAACUGAUCCGAUCCAUUGAGAGAAGACGAUCUGAGGUGACACAACUGAUCAGAGAUCAGGAAAAGACUGCAGUGAGUCGAGCUGAAGGAGUCAUGAAGCGUCUGGAGGAGGAGAUUGAUGAUCUGAAGAGGAGAGACGCUGAACUGAAGCAGUUUUUACAAACAGACAAUGACAUUCAUUUCCUGCAGAGUUUCAAGUCUUUCUCUGUGACUUCUGGAUCUUCAGAUGUUUCCAGCAUUAUUGUCAGUUCUCUUCUUACUUUUGAUGAUUUGGGAAAAUCUGUUUCUAAACUCAGAGAAAAACUGGAGGAUUUGUGUAAAGACGAGAUUAAAUGUAUAUCUGACAGAGGUAAAGUAACAGACAUGUGA